UUUAAGAUGGCUCAGGAAUAUUUUAAAGUUGCUGAAGGUGGUGUUCUUGUAGACGUUAGCUGCGGGAGUGGGUUAUUUUCCAGGAAAUUUGCCAAAUCUGGGACCUAUUCAAGAGUCAUCGCACUCGACUUUUCUGAAAACAUGCUUCGCCAGUGUUAUGAUUUCAUAAAGAAUGAUGAGAGUAUCUUAAGCUCCAAUCUGGCUCUUGUAAGAGCAGAUGUUUCCAGAUUACCGUUCUUCUCCGGAUCAAUUGAUGCUGUACAUGCAGGUGCUGCUUUGCAUUGCUGGCCAUCUCCAUCCAAUGCAAUUGCUGAAAUCAACCGGAUUUUGCGUAGUGGGGGUGUGUUUGUUGGUACUACAUUUCUUCGAGUUAAUCCUUCAGCUCCGACGAUAUUCAGGGCUUUGGAGCAGAGUGCUGGACGAACCUACAGCUAUUUUACUCGAGAGGAGAUCGAAGACUUGGUGACAACCUGUGGUCUCAUCAACUAUACCAGUAAAGUUCAGAAUUCUUUCAUCAUG